CUUCACUUCGUCGCCGCCCACGCGACGCGUUGAGCUUUGCGCGCGAAGGCGCCUCCACUAGCUCAUCAGCCCUUCACUGCUAUACAUGUCUGGCCUUCGUCGGGGUCUCAGGUUCGUGAGCGAGCUGACCGCCGAUUGACCCGCAGUCAUCAUCUGACUACAUUCUCAUUCAGGCCCAAUGCUCAGGGUAGAGCGCUCACCACUCUUUGGCAGCCUCCCUGUAUCACAACCAGCAACACUCGAUCGCAUAAGGGCUCCUAGACAUCAGCAUACAUCUCUCCAAAGGACACAGUGAUUGGCCGCUGUGACAUCCUCUCGGUCUUCAAGCAUGGCGGCGCCCAAUGCAGGAUCCGGGUCAAAAGCCUUCUAUAAGCGUCCUGUCAUCAAGGACUCAGAUUCGAGCGAUGACGAAAAACCUCUGGUGAGGCAAAAAGACCUUGAGACGCACUCACCUCGGACCAUUUCGCUGCAGUCCAAGCGUCCCAAAGUAGUCACCUCGAAUGGACAAAGACCCUCCAUUGGCGCCUCGAAGGGUGCAAAUGGCAAGCGUGGAUCCCAGUCUUCCGAUGACGACAUCCCACUGGCUUCCAGCUCGACCUCUACCAAGCGGCCACUACCCGAAUCUGACUCGGACUCUGACGCGCCUUUGGGUGGAAAUUUCAAGCCCAAGCAUCCUGCCCUGAUCAAGGUAAUCAAGCAGGAGAACGGCAGCAGUGCCCCAUCAAGUCAGGCGUCAUCUGCGAGUGAGCAGGGGGACGAGGAUGAUGAUAAUGACGACGAGGAUGAGGACGAUGUCGGUGAAGAAGAUGAGGAGGAGGAGGAGGAGGAGGAAGACGACGACGACGACGAUGAUGGCGCAUCGGCGAGCUCGCAAAAGACGUCUAAACGUGGCAAGAGCUCUCAGAAAGGACCAGAGGGCAAAGGCGCCAAAAAGUGGUCCAGGCUUUAUCACACAGGCCCGCGCUUCCCGCCACCUUACGAGCCCCUACCUUCGCACAUUAAGCUCAAAUAUGAUGGGCGACCUGUCGGGCUCAAGCCAGCUGCGGAAGAAGCUGCCUUCUUCUAUGCUGUCAAGCUUGAAACGCAGCAUGCUCGCGACGCAGUCUUCAAUAAGAACUUUUUCGCUGAUUUUUGCAAGCUUCUCAAACAGCAUCCGCCGACUGAUGGGACGCAUAUCAAGAGCUUCGACAAGCUGGAUUUCAGAGACAUGUACGAGCACUGGAGAGGUAUCAAGGAUGCGGAAGCUGAUGCUAAAAAGAACAAGGCGCCUUCAGAGCGCAAGAUGGAGCUGGAGGCAAAGAAGGCAGCAGAGGCGGUCAUGAAGACGUGUGUGGUGGAUGGCGUUGAGCAGCGCGUUGGCAAUGUCAUGGUCGAGCCGCCCGCAUUGUUCCUUGGCCGCGGCGAGCACCCAAAGAAAGGGCGCAUCAAGCAACGUGUCUUGCCCGAGCAGAUCACCAUCAAUCACACAUUGAAGGAUCCAGCGCACCCGCCCCCUUCUCCUCCCGCAGGACACAAAUGGAAGGCAGUCAAAGAGGACAAGAAAUCCACCUGGCUUGCUUUUUGGAAGGAGAAUAUCAACGGGCAGUACAAGUACAUGUACCUGGACGCUGCCAGCAAGUUCAAGAGCAAUUCUGAUAGGGACAAGUUUGAAAAGGCCCGGGCACUCGAUAAAUGCAUCGUGAAGCUCAGGCGGCAGAUCGAUCAGCGACUCACUUCUAAGCAAAGGUUCGAGCGGCAGCUUGGCACUGUCGUCUGGCUCAUCGAUAACUACAGUCUUCGUGCUGGUAAUGAGAAAGGCGAAGACGAGGCGGCUACUUAUGGAGUGUGCUCACUGCUGGUCGAGCAUGUGAAAGGCCUGCAAGAAGGAGUCGAUCUGCCAGAUGGCACCUCCACCUCUCAAGUCAAGCUCGAAUUCCUGGGCAAAGACUCCAUGGCUUUCAAGGAGACGUUGACCGUACCGACGCGCAUCUUUAAGAAUUUCAAGAUGUUCACGCAAUCGACCAGGUUGCAAAACGGCGAGGUCGGGCUGAAAGCGGCUUCGGAUGAGAUCUUCGACAAAGUCGACCCCUCUGCUGUCAACAAAUUCCUUCAGAACGAGUCGAAUGGAGGAAUGAAGGGCCUGUCUGCCAAGGUCUUUCGUACCUACAACGCAUCCACAACCUUCCAAGGCCUGCUGGAUCAGACUGCUGAAAAUUUGAAGGAAGCUGGACUUCAGGCGAACCCGCAAACCUUGCGCGAUCAGUACAACACCGCCAACCGCUUGGUUGCCAUUCUGUGCAACCAUCAGAAGACGGUCAAUCCUGUCAUGAGUGAGAAGACGGCAGCUCGCCAUGAGGAGAAGAUGAUCGGUGUGCGGUACGAUCGCUUCAAGGAACGCCAAAAACUUUUGACGUGGGGUACCGCAGCCGAGAUCAAGAAAGCUUUCCCUGCCAGCGACAAUCCUUGGGCCAAGAAGUUGAAGACCAUUCUAGAGGCCGUCGACAUCACCACUGAGCAAAUUAAAGAGCACGAGGAACGCAUCUUCACUGCGAAAAAGGACAGGCUGCAAGCUAAUUUCCACCGCGCUGAGCUGGAAAGGGAAUUUCAGGCCAAGCUGAAAAGAGAGGGUAAAAGCGAAGCUGAGGCAGCUGCAGCGACCGCCGAAAAGAACAAGAAGGCAAAGGGCCGCAAGAGCAAGAAGCAAGAUGACUCGGAAGACGAGGAUGACAAGGCCAAUUACGGCAAAUUCAAGACGCAAGCAGAGGUUGAUGCUGAGAAGCGUAGUCUCGACGCAGAGCUGAAAGAGCUGUCUAGGGAAAGAUCCAAGAACAAGAGUCGACUGCCUGCCGAUAAGAUCAACGUCGCCUCUGUGGCCAAAAAGAUCUUGGCAAAGGUCGCACAAGCUGAAAAGCUAGAGGCUGAUUUCGCGACACGCAACAAGACCUCUGACGUCUCCCUAGGCACGUCCAAGUUGAACUACAUUGAUCCCCGGAUCACUGUUGCUUGGCUCAAGAAGUGGGACGCCAUUCUUGUCAAACGGGACGGAGAUCCCAAAGCGAUUAAGAAGGGUGCAGCCUCUCCGAGCAAGAAGGGUGGUCGCGGCAGUGCGAAGGCGAAGAAGGAAGAGAGCGACGAUGAAGACGUCAAGCCCGCUAAGAAGGCCAAGGGUGCAGCUGCGGCCAAGGGCAAGCCGAAAGGCAAGGCGUUGAAGAAAGAGAAUGACGACGAUGAUGAUGAUGACAAGAAGCCCAAAAAGGAGGCAGAGAAGAUGGAGCUGGAUCUCAGAAUCAUGUCGAUAAGCAACUACUUUCCGCAGACCAUGCUCAAAAAAUUCCGUUGGGCACAAUUCGACGACGAUGGUUCCGAGCUUCCGGCCAGCUGGACCUUUGUGGAAAACGCGCCGCUCAAGAUUCGCACGAAUAUGUCGAGCGCCAACCGCGACGGCGAUGAUGCAGCAGACUCGGCAGAUGGAGCGCUCGCUGCAAAGACUGCUUCUGCUAAAGCAGCGCCGCGCCCUCGAACCGUUUCUGCUUCGAAACCUCAGGUGGACAGCGACUCUGACGACGACGCUCCUCUAGCCGCAAAGUCUGCUACCAAGGCCAACACUUUACGCGACGAUGAUAGCAGCGACGAUGAUGCGCCGCUCGUCGCUCGUCGAUGAUUGGGUUCUUUCCUGCACAGCUUUCAUUGGAACCCUUCAGGCUCGACGCAUGGUAUUCCAACGUCCCCUUCUCGUCCUUCCCCUGCUUGUCCCAUGCAAUGAACGCCCCAGCACUGUCGACUCCGCCACAUCACCCACCACUGUUUUUCACGCCAAAAAGAUCCCCUCGCUCGACACAAUUCAUAUUAUGGAGCAAAGAUCAGGAAACGUGUGGAAAUUGAUCCAGU